AUGGCCGACGACUCCCUUUCCAUCUAUGAUGAGAUUGAAAUCGAAGACAUGACCUUCGAUCCUGCCAUGCAGAUUUACCAUUUCCCCUGCCCGUGCGGCGACCGUUUCGAGAUCGCCAUCGACGAUCUGCGCGACGGAGAGGACAUCGGCGUGUGUCCGAGUUGCAGUCUGAUGAUCCGAGUGAUCUUUGAUGUGGCCGAUCUCCCCAAGGCGGACACCCAGCAGACUGGCGUUGCUGUGCAAGCGUGA